AUGGCGUGCCACGCUCCGAAUCCAACGGCUCUCUCUCCACGGCUGCGCGAGUGGGCGGAGGAGCGACAUCUCGCCGUCGCCAUCCCGUCUCCGCCGGACUGCAUCUCCGAUUUCCCCGAGGAGCAUCGCUCCUCGCCGUCGCUGCAGGAGCAGCGCCGCCUGCUGCUCGGCUCUCGCUGCGGCACUCCGCGUUUCCUCUUCCGCCACGCUUCCGCCGCUUCCUCCAGUUCUUCCCCGCGCCCGUCCGCCGCCGUCCGUUCCGCCACGUGCCAACCCGCGGCCUCAGCGCCAGUCGAUCACGUCCCAGCAGCCGAACGGUCGUAUACAAGUUGCUCCGAUUCCGGCACCGGCCACUUGAUGAAGCUGGCGCGAUGCGAUCUUCUCGGCUCGCGCUGCGGCACACCGAGGCGCGCUGCCGGCGCGGAUCCGCGGGCUUUCCACCGCCGCGCGCGCAGCGUGACGUGGGACCUCCCGCGGGACGAAAUCCCCUUCUCGCACUCCAACCCCGUCCCCUCCCGCGGGUGUCUCCGCCUUCUGCGCGCGGACUUGCUGGGGUCGAAAUGCGGAACGCCCAAGUUCCGCGCCCCUGCGGAGCCAGAAGCCAUCUGGAGCGUGUAA